GCAGCAGUCAAUUACAUUUACAGUGAGAUUGCGAGUUGCUCAUCAGAUUGCAGAAUCAACAGCAGCAGGAGCAGCGACACAGGAAUUUUAGUAUAUUCAUGUCGAAGAUCGAUAGCCGCUAUCUAUAAUUGUGCUUAUGCUCUCCUAAGUAACCGCAAUUUAUGCGCGUAAGUUCUGGUGGCAGCACGGGAUUUAGGGAUUCCACACGAAACUCCCCAUGUGCCCAUGUUCAUUUUGAUUAAUUAGUAUUCCCCGAAUUCAAUCACUGAUUAUACGACCAUGAGUUGAUUAUUUCGAUCUAGUGUUCUUUUUGGGUUUUUUUCCCUGCGGAAUCUUGUGUCGAAGUUUUGGCUUGUGCUGGGAAUUCAAACCCAUAGCAUUUUUGGGGAUUAAUCAUGACUCGCAGAGGUAGUGGCUAUGAAGGCAUAAUUAUGUCCCGUAACACUAAUUUCAGCAUUGCUCAUGGAGGUCUUGAAUCUGGAGUUUCUACUGAUCACAAGAUUUCAACAUUUGAUGAUGCAAAGCCUGGUAUGGCUUCAAAUACUGCUGUGCAUGAGCUACUCGAGUGUCCUGUUUGCGCUAAUGUGAUAUGCCCCCCAAUUCAGCAGUUGCGGUGUCCAAAUGGCCAUACCCUCUGCUCCAAGUGCCAAUCAAAAGUACAUCAUUGCUCUAUUUGUCACCAUGAGCUAAGGAACAUAAGAUGCUUGGCCUUAGAGCGAAUUGCAGAGUCUCUUGAAUUGCCAUGCAGAUAUCGAGAUCUUGGCUGUUCAGAUAUUCUCUCUUAUCAAGGCAGGCUGAGGCACGAACGCUGUUGUAGGUUUCGCCCCUACAAUUGCCCUUAUGCUGGAGCUGAAUGUCCAGUCACUGGCGACAUUCCGUUUCUUGUGGCACAUCUAAAGAGUGACCACAAGGUCGACAUGCACGAUGGAUGCGCUUUUAACCAUAGAUAUGUCAAGUUGAAUCCACAAGACAUUGAAAGCGCUACAUGGAUGCUAACUGUAUUCAAUUGUUAUGGCUACCAAUUCUGUUUGCACUUUGAGGCAUUCAAUUUAGGAAUGGCUCCGGUGUACAUUGCAUUCAUCCGGUUCAUGGGCGAUGAUUGUGAUGCUAGGAAGUUUGCAUACAGCUUAGAAGUUGGCGCAAAGGGCAGAAAGCUGACAUGGCAAGGAAUUCCUAGGAGCAUUCGCGAUAGCCAUACAAAAGUGCGUGACGCCAUGGAUGGGCUAAUUAUUCAGAGAAGCAUGGCACUCUUCUUAUCAGGAGGUAACAGACAAGAGCUGAAGUUGAAAGUGGCCGGGCGUAUAUGGAAAGAACAAACAAAGGAAGCGGCAAUAAGGGCGCCGCAAGAACACACAUAGGAUCAGCCGGGCCGGGCCCGGUGCGGCAUCGCCUGUUUUAUCCAUCUGUACAUGAAGUGCACAACAAUGUGGGCUAAUCUUUUAACUGAUUUAUAGCUCUAACAAGAUAGAUAUAUGUCUGUCUGAAAUUGUACAACUGGUUUAGGAUUCCUUUAUAGUGAAUUCUUACACUCGGCUUUUGAUAAAUCUUUGAGAAGUUUC